CUAGGAUUGUUUGAAGGGCACGCUUAUAUUUUUGCUGCUUGCUUGCUAUCCGUGCAAAGGGCCAAGUCAGGAUGACGUAAUUUAGCCUGGCUCUCACUAACCGGGACUAGAUCCAUCUAAUAACUAGUUAACCUAACCCAAUCUCAACCUUAAAAAACAUCCACCGCGGCUCUGCGGAGUAGCUCGAAUUCACAGCCGAGGGACCAGCUCUGCGGAGGCUGCUGUUGCUGCUGCUACAAUAUAAUAAUGGCGGCCCGUUCACCAAACUGCGGGGGUUCAUGGGCUUGGCUUGACACUCCAGAUAUUGUUUACCCGAGAAUAUAAGAUCCUGACGAUAUGGAUGAUAGAAAGCGGGGACGGACACCAGCAAUUGGCCCUUAAUUCCUUCAUAUUUCGUUCUUCUCUCCUCCUAGGUUGCGAUCCUGCGUGCUCUGGCCGGAGCUUGUUUUAGCUAGAACCGAUAGCUUGAGAGCUUGAAAUCCGACUUGCUUUGUUUCUUCUUCUAUCUCUUGCCAUUUGUGAGACUCGUGCCACAGAGUGCAGGACAUUUACGGACCGACGAGAACCCUCGAGGGAUAGCGACGGCAGACAGUUUAUCGAUAUUCGACUGAGAGAGCUGUCUCCUUCAAUAUUGACUUAAGUUUUAUUUAACAAUCCGUUCAUCUUUGCCUCUCAGAUUAUCAUGGGUCCCGGUACUUAUCCCCCCAAGCUCACUGUCGUUGAGAAGCUGGAUUUGGUUUCAGCGAGCCUCUCGUUGGUUGCAAGCGCCCUCUAUGCGGCCAUUACUGGCAUAUUCCGCGGGCAGCACGGGCAUAAGUAUUACAAGAAGCAUGUCAGUCAUGCAGUGAUAAAGACAGCUCUCAAUCGAGUAUCGACGCGGCAGCACCAGGCGCUCAACCCUUCUACUAAUCAAGUAUACGAACUCUUCGCGACAAAGAGCGGGUUCACGCCGCAAACCGUGCCACUUGAUCAUGGCGCCCAGGGUCAUUGGAUCGGCAAUAAAGAUGCGAAGAAUGUGUUGAUUUACUAUCAUGGCGGUGGUUUUGCAGCCGCCGCUGGCCCUGCGUUUUUCCAGCUCCAGAACGACAUCCUGGACCAGCUCAAAGCUGCGGGCAAAGACAUUGCCAUCUUCUUCAUUACAUACACCCUCACUCCCCACGCCGUCUACCCGACCCAACUUACGCAGGCUGUCGGGGCGCUCCGCUACAUAAUUGACAGAACCGGCCGUAGCCCUUCAAACGUCUUCAUCGCAGGCGACUCAGCCGGCGGCAACCUCACGCUGGGCGUUCUCUCCCACCUUUCCCAUCCGCACACGGCAAUUGAGCCACUGGAGCUUUCUGGGCCGCUAGCCGGCGCCUUGCCUAUUUCGCCGUGGGUCUCCUUCUCGCUGGACUAUCCAUCCGUCGAGGAGAACAAGAAUAAAGACAUACUUUCGGCUUCGAUCCUGAAGAGAUGGUCAUCGUUUUACGUUGCAGAUUCGGAAGCGGAUAAUUACAUGGAGCCGCUCCGGGCACCAGCAGAUUGGUGGAAGGAUCUUAAGGUUAGAGAUGUGUUGUUUCUAACUGGUUCGGAUGAAUUAUUCCGUUCACCCAUCGAGGAGUUUGUUGGGAAGUUCAAGACCGCUUUUCCGAACACGACUUUCGUUGUGGGCAAGGAUGAAUGCCACGACGCGCCCAUCGUAAAUUUAAUGAUCGGUGAUCGAUCCGGAACAGAACAAGGGAAAGCAUACGCUUCGUUUUUGACCUCGAAACUUUGAUGGCCAUAGGUUGCUGAAUGGGUGGUAGGAGCGCGGUCAAUUAAGCGGAUAGCAUGACAGAGUAAUAAAGUUGCACAAUGGCAACAGGCAGAUAAAUAGGAUAUGAGCUGUACAUCCACAUACCUAAUAAUUUUAAUACUGCCGGUAUUAAUCGAUGUGUUCUCCGGGGCUUUUAGUAAUAAUCUAGCGUAUUUCCUUUUGCAUUGCCCUUAAAAUACAAACUCAGCAAAUCUCCCGCAGCAGAAGCAAUGAUUCAAAUCGUCAAGACAUUAGAAACGCAAAUUUUCGUCUGCUUUUGUUUGGUUCAAGCUUAAAUUGUUCGUCUAUGGUUUAAACAGCAUGGACCCGGCUAACGGCUAACAACAGAAAUGGAAAUGGAAACAGAACUAUAAACCUGAAAAAGAAGAGCGAGAGCAUGUAGAGGCGGAUUACCUACAAGAAUGAUGCUAAAAUAGACGAACGUAAAGGGAAUAACAUAACGAAAAGACGGUUAGGCUAU